AUGUCGGGUAAGAGAACAAGAAACACGCAUGGAGGAAUAUAUACGUAUACUCGAACAAGAAGGGAAAAGAAUUCACUCUCUCUCACACACGCAGUCUUUAGCCAAACGCGGUAUACGCGAAAACCCAGUCCGCUAUCCAGCAAGCUUGGGCAGGAUGCACCUGGAGUAUCGAUCCUGCGACCACUCAAAGGCGUCGACCUCGAACUCACAGACAAUCUUAUAUCAUCGUUUGAACAACGCUAUCCGAAAUUUGAAACAAUUUUUUCCGUGGCCAAAGAAGAUGAUCCAGCUGUGCCUGUUGUUCGCCAGCUAAUGAAAGAAUACCCGGAUGCCGAGUGUCGACUUAUCAUAGGCGAUCGUCAAGUUGGCAUUAACCCCAAAGUGAACAAUAUGGUAAAGUCGUACGAGAGCGCUAAAUACGACAUCAUCUGGAUUCUGGACUCAAACGUACACGUGGAUCGCGACACUCUUGGCCGCUCAGUAGACGAGCUGAUGGAACCUGGUGUUGGUCUUGUUCACCAUCUGCCUGUUGCGAUGCAACCUACCAGCUAUGCGGCCGAAGUAGAACAUUUGUUUCUGGACACAAACCACGCGAAAAUGUAUUUGGCCAUCAACCAGGUCGGGAUUGCAUCGUGUGUCAUGGGCAAGUCGAACCUGUAUCGCCGCUCAGACCUCGACCGUGCAGGCGGAUUGGGCGCGUUUGCGCAGUUUAUGGCCGAGGACAACAUUGUAGGUGAAGCGCUGUGGCACCAGGGUCUUCGUCAUCGCAUGAGUGCCGAUUCAGCUUGCCAAGUCUUGGGGCAUAUUACGCCUUCUGAAUACUGUCGUCGACGCGCUCGAUGGGUCCGCCUACGCAAAUACAUUGUCACUUCUGCCACACUGACCGAGCCGUUCACCGAGUCGAUCCUAUGUAUCCUCAUGGGUGCUACAGGCGCCAAUAUCUUGUUCGGCACGUCUAUCUUUUGGUACUUUUUAUUCCACUGGUGUGCAUGGUUCGUGAAUGACUAUGCACUCUAUCGGACAUUGGUGCACACAGCAUCGUAUGCUCGCAAGUCGCAUCGGCCGCUAGGUCCUUGUCGCUUUGCACGUGCAUGGCUUUCGCGGGAAGUACUGGCCCUUCCACUCUACUUGUACGCCAUGGUCGGGACCCGCAUUACGUGGCGUGGUCAAGAUUAUCAUUGUCUUCGCGAUGGCACAGCUGUGCCCAUCCUAGCAAAAAAAUGA